GGUGCAGAAGUGUUAAACAUUUAAGUUAGUAUGCAUAUGCGCGUGUAUGUGUAAAGGGUUAGUCUCUCUAAACUGUAAAGGCUGCACUCUUAAGAGGAACUCUAUGCAAGUGUAUUUCACUCACGACUGGCAGUGGAACGACCUUCUGACUAAGUAAAUCAGCGUGUGUGAAAAGCUGGACUUCAGUGAAGAGGAAUGGAUGAGAAAUCAGGGAUUAUGAGGCUGCCUGGCUGCGGAGCGGUUAACCAGAGGUCUUGAAUCCCAGAACAAGUUAACGACUGCGGUGAGGUGCGCGUGUGUGUAGGGGAGUGAUGGCCCCUCGGCCGUCCUCGGGGGAGCUAUGGGGCCUCCACCUCAUGCCCCCACGCAUCCUGGUGGACUGUUGCCUGCCCAACGGUAUGCUGGUCAGCCUCGAGUGCCUGCGUGAGGCGCCACUGCUCACCAUCAAGCAGCAGCUGUUCGCCGAGGCCCGCAAGUACCCGCUCUACCACCUGCUGCAGGAGGAGUCCUGCUACAUCUUUGUGGGUGUGACCCAGGAGGCUGAGAGGGAGGAGUUCUAUGAUGAGACGCGUCGUCUGUGUGACCUGCGCCUCUUUCAGCCUCUUCUCAAAGUCAUCGAGCCAAUAGGCAAUCGAGAGGAAAAGAUCCUCAAUCGCGAGAUUGGGUUUGCCAUAGGCAUGCCCAUCUGUGAGUUUGAGCUGGUGAAGGACUCGGAGGUGCAGGACUUCCGGCGGAGCAUACUGAGCGUGUGCAGAGAGGCCAUGGAGGAGAGGGAGGGGGGUGGCGCCCACUCUCAGGCACUCUACGUCUACCCUCCCAAUGUGGAGUCCUCCCCGGACCUGCCCCCCCACAUCUACUCCAAGCUGGACAAAGGUCGCCUGAUCGUGACCAUCUGGGUGAUCGUGUCUCCGUCCAACGCCAAGCAGAAGUACACGCUGAAGAUCAGCCACGACAGCCUGCCCGAGCAGCUCAUCGCCGAGGCCAUCCGCAAGAAGACGCGCAGCAUGCACCUGUCGGCGCAGCAGCUGCGCAUGUGCGUGCAGGAGUACCAGGGCCAGUACAUCCUCAAGGUGUGCGGCUGCGACGAGUACCUGCUGGAGAAGUACCCGCUCAGUCAGUACAAGUAUAUCCGUAGUUGCAUCAUCGUGGGCCGGCUGCCCCACUUGAUGCUGGUGUCCAAGGACAGCCUGUACAGCCAGCUCCCGGCCAGCGGCUUCGUGGCGCCCUCCUACAGCCGCCGCACGCCCCAGCCCAGCCCCUGCCCCGGCGGCACCGACCCCUCGCCACCACGCUCCCUCUGGGCCUUCAACACCCUGCUGCGCCUGCGCCUGCUCUGUGCCACCUACGUCAACGUCAACAUCAGGGACAUCGACAAGAUUUAUGUCAGAACAGGCAUCUAUCAUGGGGGAGAGCCACUGUGUGACAACGUGAACACACAGAGAGUGCCCUGCUCCAACCCCAGGUGGAAUGAAUGGCUGACGUACGACAUCUACCUGACCGAUCUCCCGCGUGCCACUCGUCUCUGUCUCUCCAUCUGCUCAGUGAAGGGACGCAAGGGAGCCAAAGAGGAGCACUGUCCACUGGCCUGGGGCAAUGUGAAUCUGUUUGACUACAAGGACACGUUGGUGAGUGGGAAGGUGGCCCUGAGCCUGUGGCCUGUGCCGCAUGGCAUGGAGGACCUGCUCAACCCCAUCGGCGUCGCUGGAUCCAACCCCAACAAGGAGACUCCGUGUGUGGAGCUGGAGUUCUCCUGGUUCAGCCAGACGGUCAUUUUCCCAGACGAGCAGCAGAUUGAGGAGCACGCCAACUGGGUCGUCUCCAGAGAGCUGGGCUACAACUACUGCAUGGGCCUGAGCAGUCGGCUGGCGUGUGACAGCACGGUGUCGCAGGCGGACGGCGAGCAGUUGCGCAGCCUGUGCAGCCGAGACCCGCUCUAUGAGCUCUCAGAGCAGGAGAAGGACUUCCUGUGGAGGCACCGGCACUACUGUGUGAACAUCCCAGAGAGCCUUCCCAAGCUGCUGCAGGCCGUCAAGUGGAACUCCCGUGACGAGGUGUCUCAGAUGUACUGUCUGCUGAAGGACUGGCCUCUGAUGCAGCCGGAGUCGGCUCUGGAGCUGCUGGACUGUAACUUCCCCGACCCCAUGGUGCGCGAGUUUGCCCUGCGCUGUCUGGUGCAGGGCCUCACCGACGACAAGCUAAGCCAGUACCUGCUGCAGCUCGUGCAGGUACUGAAGUACGAGAUGUACCUUGAUAAUCCUCUAGCCCGCUUCCUCAUUAAGAAAGCCCUGACCAAUCAGAGAAUAGGACACUUCUUCUUCUGGCAUCUCAAGUCGGAGAUGCACAAUAAGACAGUGUCUCGGCGCUUCGGCCUGCUGUUGGAGGCCUUCUGUCGGGCGUGCGGGAUGUACCUGAAGCACCUGAAUCGACAGGUGGAGGCCAUGGACAAGCUGGUCAACUUGACGGACACACUCAAGCAGGAGAAGAAAGACGAGACCCAGAAGGUAAAGACCCAGAUGAAGUUCCUGGUGGAGCACAUGUCCCGGCCGGACUACAUGGAGGCCCUGCAGGGUUUCGUCUCCCCCCUGAACCCCGUCCACCAACUGGGCAACCUCAGGUUAGAGGAAUGCAGAAUCAUGUCCUCAGCAAAGCGUCCCCUGUGGCUGAACUGGGAGAAUCCUGACAUCAUGAGUGAACUGCUGUUUACCAACAAUGAGGUCAUCUUCAAAAACGGGGAUGAUCUGCGGCAGGAUAUGCUCACUCUCCAGAUCAUUAAAAUUAUGGAGAACAUCUGGCAAAACCAGGGCUUGGAUCUGAGAAUGCUGCCGUAUGGCUGCCUGUCCAUAGGUGACUGCGUGGGGCUGAUCGAGGUGGUGAAGAACUCCUACACCAUCAUGCAGAUCCAGUGCAAGGGAGGCCUCAAGGGGGCGCUGCAGUUCAACAGCAAUACUCUGCACCACUGGAUCAAAGACAAGAACCGCGGCGAGGCGUAUGAUAAAGCGAUAGAUCUGUUCACUCGCUCAUGUGCUGGCUACUGUGUGGCCACCUUCAUCCUGGGCAUUGGGGACCGGCACAACAGCAACAUCAUGGUGAAAGAGAACGGACAGCUGUUUCACAUAGACUUUGGUCAUUUCCUGGACCAUAAGAAGAAGAAAUUUGGCUACAAGCGUGAACGAGUGCCAUUUGUGCUCACUCAGGACUUCCUCAUAGUCAUCAGCAAGGGCGUACAGGAGUGCACCAAGACUAAGGAGUUUGAGAGGUUCCAGGAGAUGUGCUAUAAGGCCUACCUGGCCAUCCGUCAGCAUGCCAGCCUCUUCAUCAACCUGUUCUCGCUGCUGCUGGGCUGUGGCAUGCCUGAGCUGCAGAGCUUCGAUGACAUCGCCUACCUGCGCAAGACGCUGGCGCUGGAGAAGAGCCAGCAGGAGGCGCUAGAGUACUUCACCAAGCAGAUGAACGACGCCCACCACGGCGGCUGGACCACCAAGAUGGACUGGAUCUUCCACACCAUCCGCCACAUGCCCAACGAGCAUUAACCACGCACACACACACACACACACACACACACACACACACACACACACAGUCAUAUAGGACGUAUACAAAGUGCACAAAGACAUGUCAUAUGAUAAAAGCCAGUGAGCAGUAAACCAUUGCACUCACGCACAUACAUACUCACACAAAACAUACGAAACAUAUCCAGUGAACGUUAAACAUGAACAGAUGCAGAAAGCACUCACACACGCACUCAGACCCAUAAUGUCACCCUAGCAAGCAUUAUUUCUGCUCACACAAAUUCACACACACAGACCUGGCCAGUGAUCCCCAUGUAUUUACAUGUUUGCACCAAAUCUUACUCAAAUCUGACACCUUAAGACGUAUGAGCAGAGACACGUAGCAAACAGACAUUCCCAUAGCAGUAGUUACAUAUCUAAUACACAUGGGUCUCUCUCUCUCACACACACACACACACACACACACACACACACACUAGACGUAUGCCUUCUGUGCAUUCAGCACAUACACCUACACCCACCUAACUCAGCUAUUUUCCCUCAACACUAUCACUCCAUUCCCAUGCAGACAAACGCACACACACACCUAGACACACACCAGUGAGCAAUAUGUUUAGUGGCUACGUGGAGGUGAAGUGACUGCACUGAAUAGAGGAGAUCAAAUCUCACUAAAGCACUAACUCACACACCUCUGCUGCUACACACACACUCACACACACACACAGCCUCACUUAUGGCACACAGGAAAUGCACACAGACAAUCAAAAGAAGUCUUAGUCUCUCUCUCUCUCACACACACAAACACACACACACACACACACACACACACACACGGAUACACACAAAAAAUGCACUACAGAUUGUGGGAAUUGUGGAGUUGGUGCGAGGACAAGACAACGAUGAUGAAGGUGAUUGUGAGAAAAAGUGACUCAACUGUUUAUUGCAUUGCUGGCGAUGAUGGCAGGGGCCUGAUGAGUUUAAGGUUUGCCCCACCUUCUCCAGGUCAUUGCCUCCUCAGGGUUCCACAAAGGGUCAAAGUUCAAAGGGCACUGCCACCACAAAGCCAAAAUGGAGAGGUUGUUCCCCAGGAUGCAUUGCACCUGACAAAAAACCCACCCUAAACGUUCUUCUGUUAUCUCCAGUCUUCCUAUUGACGUACAGUAUAUAUCAAUUGAUAUUUUGCAAAACAAAAACCUGUAAGCUAACACUUUCACGUUGGUUCUAUGUUGUUUGAAGUCUACUAUUUAUGAUGUAGACAGGUAAUUGUUUUUAAAUUGAGCAUUGAAAAAAACCAGCAUGAUUGCCACUGUGAUUGCAGUUGGGCCCUGUACAAGCCAACAGCUCCUGCUGUUUCAACCAGAGAAAGACAAUCUUGUUUCAGUUUGGGCUCGUCAACUAUGAUGAACACCAGCUUUAGCCUAUUGUUAGAGAGCACAGUAGCAUGGGGUGUACAGGGCACGCUGAGAUUUUUUGUAUCAGGGAUUUAAAUUGUCGAAAAAAAAAUAUUAAGAAUCAUUAACAAGACAAUCUGUCUCAAGGGAGUAACUUUAAGUAAGAUAAAAACAAAUAUUUUUCUCUUUUACCAAAUCUGAGCUGUUGUAGUCAUUUACUACACCCACACUAGAUUCUUUCACCUCUUUUUGAACCGAACAAUGGCAGGGGAAGUGUGGCCUGCUCGCUGUCUCUCAACAGCAGGUUCAGCACUGCAACUGAUGUCUGUGUUGUAGAUGUUACCAGGUGGUCCGUUCCAAAUAUCUGUUAAGAUAUAUGUGAUUGACUCAUGGAGCUUCUUUUGUUAAUUCAUGAUGCAUUUGAGUUGAGUUGUGGUCCAAAUCAAGCAGAGAGUAAAAAAAAAAAAAAAACACUACAGUCAAUUUCAGGAACUCCAUUUCAUUCAAGUCUUUGUGACUAUACUAUGUUAUUUCUAAUAUAUCAACAUCUGAAAUUAACAAAUGUCUCUUGUCUGCAUGACUGAGUUGUGAAAUUUGAUCUUCUCUUUGUUGGUUACUCAUUUGCCAUUAGCACCUUAGCGCCUGAGUGGUGCAUCUGUGGUUUGGACACACAGAGCACACCUUAAAAAACAAACAAAAGCACCAUUCAUUAGAAUCUCAAUUAUCCAUUCGGAGAGAGUUACAUAAUGUCCUGUGUGGGUAGCCGUAGUCGUUAGUGACGUAGUGAUGGGGGUGAUAACCAUGGAAAUUGGCAUACUGUAUUUCAUUGAAGUUUGUACUGAUGUUGGCACACAUGAUCUGGACGUGACCUCAAGGUCGAGUCUAAUGUUCUGAAACUUUGGAGUGAUCUCUUGAGUAUUAUGAUGUUCGGAUGUUUUAGUGAUAUUUAUCUUAAUAAACAUUUCAAGAUGCCAAA